CAAUGAAGCUCUUGACCAUAUCUCAUAUGUAUAUAUAUCCUCCAACAUGGGAUAUUCCACCAAUCCUACCAUGGUUUCACUCCACUUUCAAAUUUCAUGCCAUUAAUCCUAAAUUUUUGCCUUUUUUUUAUAUCAUAAAAGAAUGUUAGUUCUCCACUAUUCCGAGUGACGUGUGUCGAAUGCUCUGAGAGUCCUCAAUAGAAAUCUCCGAUCGAACUGCAUUUUCAUUCACAGAGGAAAGAAUGAGUCUUGCAAAUCCCAGCACAACUUGGGCAAAGACCCAUUCUUUUUGCGGUAGAUUCAGAUCCGGGUCUCUCAUAAAAAACAAUGAGUUCCGCAUAAAUCUCUCAUUCCCAAGCUCAAUCAAGAAACCGCUGUUUCAUUCUUGUUCGGCGAUUCUCACCAAGGAGCAGACCGAUGUUCCCCAGGAAGAGAGCGAGAACAAGAAGCCGGGCAAGCUUGAUUUCAAGGCGUACGUGUUGGGGAAGGCGAAUUCGGUGAACAAGGCGCUGGAAGCGGCGGUGUUGCUCAAGGAGCCGCGGAGGAUUCACGAAUCCAUGAGGUACUCUCUCCUCGCCGGCGGGAAGAGGAUCCGGCCAAUGCUAUGUAUCGCCGCCUGCGAGCUCGUCGGCGGGGACGAGGCCACCGCCAUGCCGGCGGCCUGCGCGGUGGAGAUGAUUCACACCAUGUCUCUGAUGCACGACGACCUUCCGUGUAUGGACAACGACGAUUUGCGGCGAGGGAAGCCCACGAACCACAAGGUUUACGGCGAAGACGUGGCGGUUCUCGCCGGGGAUGCCUUGCUGGCAUUUGCCUUUGAGCAUAUAGCCGCCGCCACAAAAGGGGUUUCCUCAGAGAAGAUAGUGAGGGUUAUUGGUGAAUUGGCUAAGUCCAUUGGCGCUGAGGGGCUGGUGGCUGGGCAGGUGGUGGAUAUAUGCUCAGAGGGAAUCUCCGAUGUGGGAUUAGAGCAUUUGGAGUUCAUUCAUCUCCACAAAACCGCAGCUUUGCUGGAGGGGUCUGUGGUUCUGGGAGCGAUUCUGGGUGGGGGAACUGAGGAUGAGGUUGCUAAAUUAAGGAAAUUCGCCCGGAACAUCGGGCUGUUGUUUCAGGUUGUUGAUGACAUUCUUGAUGUCACCAAAUCCUCCAAGGAAUUGGGGAAGACAGCUGGGAAGGAUUUGGUUGCUGACAAGGUCACUUAUCCUAAGCUGCUUGGGAUUCAGAAGUCCAGAGAGUUUGCUGAGCAGCUGAACAAAGAGGCUCAGGCUCAGCUCUCUGGCUUUGAUCAAGACAAGGCUGCCCCGUUGAUCGCCUUGGCCAAUUACAUUGCUUACCGGGAGAACUGAUUCGAUUCCCAGUGAGUGAGUCGAUUCUCGUACUAGAACAAGUGAAGAACUGCCAUUUGAUAUAUGAUGAUGAUGAUGCCUGUGGAUGGCCCUCUCUUGUUUGUGCAUUACAAAAUCGAUAGAGUUAGUCUUAAGAUUUGACUGUGUAAUGAAAUAUUGCUGAAAAACUGCCAUUGUUCAAUGAUUAUCCUUCACUUUUCAAGAUUCGCUAUUUCCUUA